UCCCCUUAUGUUUGCUGUCUUCUGGUUUCCCUUCCUCUCAGAACUGAACUUUAGCACCCUUAACCCUUGUAGCUUAUCCACUUCUCUCCUCCACCCUUCUCUGCUGGGUCUUCUCAAGGUUUGCCAUGGCGUUGAACCCCACCAUGCUCCCCACUACCAACAGCUCCUCUAAUGGGACAGGUGUACUGGCUGAGAACGGCAAACCCCUGACCAUCCCCAUGGUCAUGUUCAUUUUCGGAGUCGUAGGGAACCUCAUAGCCAUUGUGGUUCUUUGCAAGUCCCGGAAGGAGCAGAAAGAGACCACCUUCUACACCCUGGUCUGCGGAUUGGCUGUCACCGACCUCUUGGGGACUUGCCUGGUCAGCCCAGUGACUAUUGCUACAUACCUGAAACACGAAUGGCCUGGUGGCCAACCCCUGUGUGAAUACAGCAGCUUCAUCCUCCUCUUCUUUGGCCUGUCUGGACUCAGCAUCAUUUGCGCCAUGUCCAUAGAGAGGUACCUGGCCAUCAACCAUGCCUACUUCUACAACCAUUAUGUGGAUAAGAAAUUGGCAGCGCUCACUCUUUUUGCAAUCUAUGUUUCCAACGUCCUCUUCUGUGCCAUGCCAAGCAUGGGUUUGGGGAAGACAAAGCUCCAGUACCCGUACACCUGGUGCUUCAUAGACUGGCAGACAAACACGUCCAGCCAUGCUGCUUUCUCGUACAUGUAUGCCGGCUUCAGCUCCUUCCUCAUCAUGGUCACGGUGGUCUCCAACAUCUUGGUGUGCAUGGCCCUGAUCCGCAUGCACAGGCAAUUUAUGCGGCGCACUUCCCUGGGGACAGACAAUGCCACUAGCCGCCUGUCAGACUUUCGCCGGCGCAGGAGCUUCCGGCGCAUGGCUGGUGCAGAAAUCCAGAUGGUCAUCUUGCUCAUUGCCACUUCUUUGGUCGUAGUGAUUUGUUCCAUUCCUCUAGUGGUACGUGUCUUUGUGAAUCAACUGUACCGUCCAGAUGUAGUAAAAGACAUCCAGCAGAACCCAGAUUUACAAGCUAUCCGUAUAGCUUCGGUGAACCCCAUCCUGGAUCCAUGGGUCUACAUUCUGCUGCGCAAGACGGUCUUGAGCAAAGCUAUUGAGAAGGUCAAGUGUCUUUUCUGCCGCAUAGGUGGGGCUCGCCGGCAGCACUCAGGCAACAACUGCAACUGGGCCGAUGGCCGCCGGACCUCCUCUGUCACAGCCAGCCACUCACCCUCCUUCAUCUCCCGAGAGUUGAGGGAGAUCAGUAGCACUUCACAGACUCUGCUAUACCCGCUGGAGCCAAGUGAAAGGACGGUCGGUGACCGAACGCUGUUACCGGGAACCAGCAGCUGUCUUGCUCAAUCAGAUACUACAUCUAUAAGGACCUUAAGGAGUUCAAACACCUCAGACUCCUCGCAGGGGCAAGAGUGUGAAAAUACCUUUUUGGUGAGUGAACUAAAGCCUAGUGGUAGUAGCACUCCUAAAGGCAGCUCCCUUCAAGUCACUUUUCCCAGUGAAACUCUGGACUUGUCAGAGAAGUGUAUAUAAGCAGUAGAAAGAAGAGACAAUUGGUCCUUAAGCCAAGCAGGGAGGAACUGAUACAACAGAAUAUACCAAAUGCCCAUCUUUGCCGUCCGUUCUGUUGACCUAGCUAAGGCAUAUACCUGAAGCUUAUCUGGAUUUCCCUAUCCUAAGCUUGGGGACAAAAUAGCCACUUAGGGCAAGAUGGACUUGGAAAUGUGCAUCAGGCAGGAAUCCAUGUGAGACAUUGAACUAGCCACCAUCAGAGUUAAGCAUCUUGAUUUGCAGCAGUUACAUCUCCCUCAAGGUUGGUUCCAAGAUGCGGCUGCUGGAUCUUUCCUGUUAUGUGAUAAGCACAGGUUUCUGCAGGGAUUUAUUGCCCUAGAGAAUCAUCCUCUGCCAUCAAACCCUGCCAAAGUAACAAAGGAAUGUAAUGGUGUCUGAAGCACAGGCUGCUGCUUGUUGCCUUAACUUGCCCUGGGAGAUAGGAUUGUUUUCACAAAGUUUGUGUUGGAAAAAGUCACCAAUCUUCUCCAUCUGUACAUGACUGAAGCAUACUUAUUCCACUCCAUCCUUCCCUCCUGGUUCAUAGUUCAGAGAAAUUAAUUGCAAGAUAGUUGCUAACGAAGGAACAAACUGGUCCAGUGGAUAUGGAACUGAUAAUCUAUGGUGUGAAAAAAAUGUGAAUUUUUCUGGCUGAAAUAUUGUGACUGACUGUAUUUAAGGAAUGUAUAUUCUUCUCUGUGAGAAGGUUAAUUAUUAAUACAAAGUAUAGGAAAAAAAUAAUAUGGUCAGCCCCUCCUUUCUUCUUUAAUGUAAGUUGUUAAAUUUUGCAUUAGAUUUUUCAAAUUUGCAGGCCAGACGAGAGCUGAUUGGUGAGACCAGAGGAGACCGAGGAAUCUGGAAUUACAUGGGAAUACGUUUUGAUGCCACUAUAGGAAUAAUAAAAGCUUUAUGUUUUUAAAAUGUUUCUCAUAUUUUCUUAAGUCUUCUUUUGAGUCGAGCUUGACUCUUAGUGACUUCAUGGACAGAGCUAUAGAGCUGCACAUCCUUAAAAAGAAAUUAAAAAAAUGUACUGUGAAUUUCGUCUUCGAAAUGCAAUGGUUCCUAGCUAAGCUAAUAAUGCAGUUCUGUUAACAUCUGCUAUGUAUUGAUGCCCCAGUGAGGCAUUAGUCAGAAGUACAUCCUACAAUUAACAAUUCUUGCUGAUUUAGGCACUUUUCACAUGUGUGCAAAAUCAAAGUCCAAAACAUGCAUCCAGUCAAACAUCCUUUUUACUUAAUUCAAAAUGUGUUUGCUCAGAGAUAUUUCAGAAUUUAGUGGAAGAAAGCCCCUUAAAAGACCAUAAUCUUAGGGCUAUCUUACAUAGCCAACUGUACAGCCACUGCUCUUUGUAUACUUACGGCAACUCCUAGGUUUACUACGAAUGUUAACACACAUACAAAUGAGCAACACAUCAGGCUUUGCAUUAUCAAUGUCCAUAUAGGAAUUGGCAGCUGUACAUGGCAUUACCAUUCUCGUAAGCAUCCUGUUGAAAGGUUUUUCUUAUCUUCUAUUCAGUCCACUCUAUUUAUAUGAAGAUAUUGUUGCCAAAUGCUUACGUGAGCAAUAUUUUUCCAUUUAUCCUUGCUAUGGUUACAAUUUACAUCAGUCUUCCCCAGCCUGUAUUAAACUGAUCAAGAUUUGCAAACAACCAGCUUCGUUGGCUGAGAAUUCUGGGGGUCGUAUAUCCAAGCAUUGGGAGGUGGGACUGCUAUAGAAGAAAUGGAGAAAUGCAGGAAACCCCAAACAUGUUUAUUGUGCACACCGAUGUGCAAAGUAUUCUAGAGAUGGUUGUUGGUUUUUCUGUGAUUCAGAAUGUAUGUUGCAAUUAUCCAUUUUCAGUUGUAAUGAAUUUGGAGCAUGAAAAACCACACCAUUAUUUUUGUGUCCUUUCAGUUAUUUCUAACAUUUGUUACAGCAAAUAUUGUAGUUUGCACUAAUGCUUUUGGAAUAAAGAAAGACUAUGUUUUAAAAAUCAAUUUAACUGAUUUGGGGACUAGAACUGAAAAGAAAAAGCAACUACUAUGAUGUGGUCUAUUUAUUAAAAACAAUGACAGAUAAGAUUAGAAAAACAUUAGCCAUAAAGUUUUUCUCCAUUAAAAAAAAAGUUCUAACGCCACUGAAAAUUUAUGUUUUUAUAUGCCAUGUUCAAAGGAUUGGAUUUUUAUGUUCCAGUGUUAUCCUGUAUUGAUGUUCAAGGUCUGGUUUUUGUCAAGGAAAAAGCAUCUUCUGUUGCUUAUUGUGGUUUUCAUGUAAAUUGCUUUCCAUUGGAAUCAGAAUUUUGAGGCUGAAUUUCAGAGAUGGCUUAUGAAACUGGCUGUCCUGGCACAAACCUCUUUUGGAAAUCAUAAUUAAAUGCAGAUAUGCCCACUGGGUAAAGAAAUCGGUGUGAAUCUGUGCCUGCUUACUCAUCCUUAACAUAACUUCAUGGGAAGGCCCUCACAUAAUUAUAAACCCAACACACACAAUUUCUAAACAGUAAUUUAGAGGCAGAAAAUAUAGAAUGCUCAGCCCUAAAGAUAUGGUAGCAUUCAAUAAAAAAGGUCUGUUUCACCCCAUAAAUCCUUAUGUCCAGAAUUGUGUACAGAACUGGGAUUCUUCUUGAGUUAUAUCAACCAAGCUCACUGAAUACAUCCAUUCUAGAUUGCAUAGAUUUACACACAAAUUUUGUUCACACAGGAAAAAGUUUGGUUACAACACAGGAAUAGUCACCAACAGUUUAGGCAUGCCAAACAUAACCCAGCAUUGGAAAUUAAGACAUAACAAAAAACAAACCAAUAAGUGAGUUCUUCGUGAAAUUAUUCAGUAAAGCUACAUAUUGGGAAGGAAAGCCUUGACAUGGGGUUUCAUCCUACUGAGCAGUUUUUAUUACUGGACAAAAACAGCAUUCAAGAUGGACAGAAAAAGCCUUCAUAUGCUCAAAAGAGCUAUGCUAUUUACAUUCAACCUGGAUUCCAAUUCCACAAAGUGCUUCAGACCAUGCCAUUGCGCAAAAGAUAGAUAG